AUGCGAGUCCUCGUGGUCCUGGCGCAUCCUGAGCCACAGUCGCUCAAUGUGGCACUAAGUAAAGUCAUCGCCGAGGAGCUACAGACUGGAGGGCACGAAGUCCAGGUGUCAGACUUGUACGCCAUGGGCUGGAAGUCGAACAUUGAUCGAGCGGAUUUUCCGACAUUCCCUAAAGACAAGCCCUUAGCAAUCGCAAAGGCCUCACAGCUAGCAUACACCGCAGCUCAUCUGACCGAGGAUGUGAUGGCCGAGCAGAAGAAGCUUCUCUGGGCCGACACUGUCAUCUUGCAAUUCCCCCUCUGGUGGUUCUCGAUGCCUGCCAUUCUGAAGGGCUACGUGGACCGCGUCUGGUCCUGCGGCUUUGCCUACGGCGUAGGCGAGCACAGCGACAAGCGCUAUGGAGACAGAUAUGGCGAGGGCGUGUUUGCUGGCAAAAGGGCCAUGUUGGUCGUCACCGCAGGUGGAUGGGAGUCGCAUUACUCGGCACGUGGCAUCAACGGACCCAUUGACGAUCUCCUAUGGCCGAUAAAUCACGGCAUUCUGUACUACCCGGGGUUCACCGUGUUGCCGGCCUUUGUGGCCUUCCGUGUUGACCGCUACGACAAGGCUGCAUUUGAUGCAACCGCAGACCGUCUCCGCGAGAGAAUUCGCACUCUCAGUGCCACGGAUCCAAUCCCUUUCCGGCCCCAGAAUAUGGGAGAUUACGAGAUCCCGGCAAUGGUCCUGCGCGAUGAUAUCCAGUCUGAAGGACAAGAGGGUUUCAAGUUACACCAGGCACCAUCAUCCGAAAAGCAAUUAUGA